UAUCCUCUCAUCCUCCCUAUCCACUUUGAUAUCUAUCUAGUUUGACAACCCCAAUACCUACCUACCUAAAAAUGAAUGAAAUGAGGAGCAUCAACGAGUUGCCGGACGUGAUCCUGUUGAACAUAAUCGCCGCCAUCUCGGACGUCCGGUCCCGCAACUCGGCCGCCUUAGUCUCCAAAAAAUGGCUGUGCGUGGAGCGAUCCACCCGCUCCUCCCUCACCCUCCGCGGCAACGCCCGCGACCUCUUCAUGCUCCCCUCCUGCUUCCGCUCCGUCACCCACCUCGACCUCUCUCUCCUCUCCCCCUGGGGCCACCCCCUCCUCUCCUCCUCCUCCCCCCCUGAUCCCGCCCUCUUCGCCCAACUCCUCCGCCACUCCUUCCCUCACCUCCACUCUCUCAUCCUCUACUCCCGCAACCCCACCGCUAUUCACCUUUUAGCCCCUCACUGGCCCACCCUCACUCACAUCAAGCUUGUUCGCUGGCACCAACGCCCGCCCCACCUGCCUCCUGCUGCCGAUAUUCUUCCCAUUUUUCAAUACUGUACACAAACCACCUCCCUCGAUCUCUCUUCUUUUUAUUGCUGGACGGAUGAUAUUCCUCCGGCUUUCAAAGCUUAUCCCAAGGUUGCCCAGAACCUUACGUCUUUGAAUCUGCUUAAUCCCUCCUUUCCCGAAGGCUUUAGAGCUCAGGAAGUGGAGGAAAUCACCAAAGCCUGUCCUAAUUUGAAGAACCUCUUCAUUGCCUGUAUGUUCGAUCCUAGAUACAUCGGCUUUGUGGGAGAUGAAACCCUAAUUUCGAUUGCCGUGAAUUGCCCCAAGUUGUCGGUGCUUUAUCUCGCGGAUCCGUCGGCUUUGUUGAAUGCUAGGGUGGAUCCGGAAUCCAUCGAUUUUACCCAGGAUGAUGCGAGUAUUACGGUUGCCACCUUGAUUGAGAUGUUUUCAGGGCUGCCCUUGCUGGAAGAGCUUACAUUUGAUGUUUGUUGUAAUAUCAGGAACAGUGGUCCUGCUUUGGAGGCUUUGAACUCCAAAUGCCCUAGGUUGAACUCUUUGAAGCUUGGAAAUUUUCAUGGGAUUUCCAUGCCCGUUGACUCCAAGUUAGAUGGGUUGGCUUUGUGUCAACGGCUUGAGUCGCUAUCGAUUAGAAAUGUAGCGGAUUUGACGGAUAUGGGGUUGAUUGCGAUCGCGAGAGGGUGUUGUAACUUGUCAAAAUUUGAAGUUCAAGGGUGCAAGAACAUUACUGUUAGGGGAAUGAGGACGUUUGUUUGUUUGCUAAGUCGAACUUUAGUUGAGGUGAAGAUCUCAUGUUGUAAGAAUCUAGGUGCGCGGUCGUCUCAGAAAGCAUUGGAGCCGAUCCGGGAUCGGAUUCAGAAACUUCACAUUGAUUGCGUGUGGGGUGACGUUGAUGAUCUUGAUGGGGUUGAAAUCGAACACCAUUAUGACGAUGAGUUGGGUAACAAGAGGAAGAAACAAAAGCUUGAUUUUGAUCUAAACGGAUUUGAAGCUCAAACAUGGGAGAAACUGGAGCAUCUAUCGCUCUGGUUUUCAGUUGGUGAGCUUUUGACACCGUUGUUACCAUCAGGGCUGGAAGAUUGCCCCAGUCUUGAAGAAAUCUGCAUCAAAGUGGAAGGAGAUUGCAGACACUUUUCAAAACCUGCAGAGCGGGAAUUCGGAUUGAGAUGUUUGGGACUGUACCCAAAACUAUCGAAGAUGAAACUUGAUUGUGGUGAGAUCAUUGGGUACGCGCACACUGCGCCGUCGGGUCAGAUGGAUCUGAGUUUAUGGGAACGGUUUUAUUUGUAUGGAAUUGGGGAUUUGAGUCUGGUUGAACUGGAUUACUGGCCGCCGCAAGAUAGAGAUGUGAACCAGAGGAGUCUGUCAUUACCUGCAGCCGGGUUGCUGCAAGAAUGUCUAAUGCUGCGGAAACUCUUCAUUCAUGGUACGGCUCAUGAACACUUUUUGAUGUUUCUUUUGAGGAUUCCGAAUCUGAGAGAUGUUCAGCUUAGAGAAGAUUAUUAUCCUGCACCCGAGAACGAUAUGAGUACUGAAAUGAGAGCGGAUUCGUGUAGUAGGUUUGAAGACGCUUUGAAUAGGCGUCAGAUUGAAGACUGAAAUCAAUGGCAGAUGGUGAUGAUGAUAUAAUAAGAUAUGUGAAGAAAUAAGAGGUCAAAAGUCUGAUUUCUUAAGUUCAAUGUAUGUUUGAUUUCACCACCCUAAUCACUCAUGUUAUAGGGUUCAUGUUCUUCUUUGGUUGGGUUGAGUUCGAUUUUUAACUUUCAUUUAACAUUUUCAACAAUAUGUCUUGGUCUCCCGCAAGAUUACAUUUCGUCUUCUCUCUUC